AAGUUCUGCUUGUUUUUGCAGUCCUGUUAUGAAAAUGCUGACUCAUCCGGCGUUUUUGAAUGUUCUGCUGAGGCGGUGCUCGUCUUCGGCUGCUGUGUCAGCACCUUUGCCGCUGAGAAAGAAAAAAGCCAAAUCAACCAGUAAUGACAGAAAGCCAUUUGUGGACAUGAAGCGAGUGCAGGUGGUGGGGGGGAAUGGCGGGGAUGGCAGUAUUUCGUUCCUCAGCCUGUGGGCCAACGAGUUCGCGGGGCCGGACGGCGGUGAUGGUGGAAGCGGCGGACAUGUCCUCUUCCAGGCUUGUGAGAAUGUGCAAGGCUUGGGUCACAUCAAUCCCUUGGUAAAGGCUGAGAGCGGUGAGCCAGGGGGCAGCAAACACUGCCACGGUCGCAAUGCCCCACACACGCUUGUCAAGGUACCAGUGGGUACAGUAGUGCGCCCACUCUUGAACGAGGAUCGCGUGGUGGGUGACCUGGGUCGCGCCGGCGCAUUGUUUGUGGGCGCGCGUGGUGGCGCAGGCGGGCGCGGCAACCACUUCUUCAUCGGUGACACCCAGCAGCGCCCAACCGUCGCCGAAAUGGGUGCUCCCGGAGAGUCGCUCGCCUACAUUCUCGAGUUGCGCAGUAUCGCUAAUUUCGGACUGUUGGGAAUGCCGAAUGCCGGAAAGAGCACUUUGUUGCAGGCGAUAUCCAGAGCCCGUCCCAAAGUGGCAUCCUAUCCAUUCACCACCAUCAGGCCACACCUAGGGGUCAUUACCUAUACUGACUACGACCAAAUCACAG